AUGGCGACGUCGACGCCUGCAGUAACGGUAAACGACGCUUCAAGUGACGAGUUAAACGGCUUUGUCAAUAAAACCAAAGAGUACCCAAAGCUCGCAAAUCGAACCAUCAGCCAUAAAAGUCAACUCGACGAGUUGCAAGUUCAAUUUAGCGAAAUUAGUGCAAAUGAAAGUCAGCCGCCCCUCAAUGCCACGCCCACAACAAUCAGCAGCAGCAGCACCAGCACCAGCACAACAGCCACGCCCAAAACGAGCAGCACGCCCUAUUCUCAUGGCCAUGGGAUACGCGAGAAUGUGAUGCUGCCCUCUGCAGAUUCCGAGCGUGAAGCCCAAAUCCUCUACGAGAAAUCUCUGCAGGAGUAUCAUGGCACAGCCACAUCAACAGCAGCAGUGGCAGCGGGAGUGGGAGUGGGAGGGGCAGGGGCAGCUGGGAAGAGCAACACACGCACCGUGCACAGCGUCUGCGAGCUGUGGCUCCAGAAGCAUUGCCACUGCACCGGGAGUCUGGAGAAUCUGAAGCUCAACUGUCGCAGUAUUGGAAUUCUGGCCGUUCCCGUCAAUCUGCCCAGCGAGGUGAUUGUGCUAGAUUUGGGAAACAACAAUUUAACCAAAUUGGAGGCCAAUUCAUUUUACAUGGUGCCGAACCUGGAGGAGCUAACUUUGGCCGACAAUAGCAUCAUUAAUAUGGAUCCGUAUGCGUUUUAUGGUUUGGGUAAAUUGAAACGUUUGAGUUUGCAGAACUGUGGCCUCAAAGCGUUGCCGGCGCAAUCGUUUCAAGGACUAAAUAAUCUUGCCUCCCUCCAAUUGAAUGGCAACGCCUUAGUGAGCUUGGACAACGCUUGUCUACAGCAACUGCAGAAAUUGCGAACCCUACGCCUCGAGGGCAAUCUGUUCUAUCGGAUACCGACGAACGCUUUGGCUGGACUAAAGACACUCGAAGCACUCAAUUUGGGCAGCAAUUUGUUGACAAUAAUAAAUGACGAGGACUUUCCGCGCAUGCCAAACUUAAUCGUGCUUUUGUUGAAGCGCAAUCAAAUCAUGAAGAUCUCCGCUGGCGCCUUCAAAAAUUUAACGGCUUUAAAAGUUUUAGAACUGGAUGAUAAUUUAAUAAGCAGCUUGCCGGAGGGACUCAACGAAUUGACGCAGUUGCAGGAACUGUCCAUAACCAGCAAUCGACUGCGCUGGAUAAACGACACCGAGCUGCCACGCAGCAUGCAGACAAUCGAUCUGCGAGCCAAUCCCUUGUCCAUCAUCACAGCGGGUGCCUUUCGAGGCAUGGCCAAGUUGCGAAAACUCAUACUAUCCGAUGUGCGCACAUUGCGCGCUUUCCCCGAUCUGGACGCCUGCUAUGCCCUCGAGAUCCUCAAGCUGGAUCGUGCCGGCAUUCACGAUGUGCCAGCAAAUUUGUGCCGUCAAACACCAAGACUGAAAAGUUUAGAACUUAAAACCAAUUCCCUAAAACGCAUCCCAAAUUUAAGUAAUUGCAGAGACUUAAGGCUGUUAGAUCUAUCGAGUAACCAAAUUGAGACCCUACAAGGACGACCCUUCCAUGGUCUCAAGCAAUUGCAUGAUCUAUUGUUGAGCUACAAUCGGAUCAAGGCAUUGCCACAGGACGCAUUUCACGGCAUACCCAAGCUGCAGCUGCUUGAUCUGGAGGGCAAUGAAAUUGCAAGCAUACACAAGGACACGUUCGCCGCAUUCACAGCGCUGGAGGACUUGAAUUUGGGCAACAAUAUCUUUCCCGAGCUACCGGCCUCUGGCUUGCGCGCCUUAUUGCAUUUGAAGACCUUCAAUAAUCCGAAGCUGCGCGAUUUUCCGCCACCGGAAACAUUCCCGCGCAUACAGACACUGAUAUUAUCGUAUGCCUAUCAUUGCUGCGCCUUCAUACCGCUGGUAGCCAUGUCUGCCAAUCGGAAGACGUCGCAGGUGCAGGAGGCAGUCCUCUUUCCUUCCGACGCCGAAUUCGAUAUGACGCUCUGGAACAAUAGUAUGAUGAACAUAUGGCCACAAAUGCAUAAUCUGAGCAAGAAGCUGGGAGUGGCCAUGCACGACAUCUGGGACAGCAACUAUGAACAGCAACUGAAUUAUCCGACCAGCGUGCCCAGCUAUAUGGAGGAGUAUUUCGAGGAGCAUGAUGUCAGCGCUCCAGGCGCCAUGGGAGGCACGGGAACGGGUGGCUUUGCGGGCUUUGGCGCUGGUCUGUUUAGCGGCAUAAGCGCCGAGGACUUACAGCCUGGGGCUGUGCAGUGCUUGCCCAUGCCUGGUCCCUUUCUACCUUGCGCCGAUCUCUUCGACUGGUGGACGUUGCGCUGUGGUGUGUGGGUGGUUUUCCUGCUCGCCCUCUUGGGGAACGGCACUGUGGUCUUUGUGUUGAUCUGCUCGCGCUCGAAGAUGGAUGUGCCCCGCUUUCUGGUCUGCAAUCUGGCCGCUGCUGACUUCUUUAUGGGCAUAUACUUGGGCAUACUGGCCAUUGUGGAUGCCUCGACGCUGGGCGAGUUCCGCAUGUUCGCCAUUCCGUGGCAGAUGUCGCUCGUGUGCCAAAUGGCCGGCUUUCUGGCCGUACUAUCGUCGGAGCUAUCGGUUUAUACGCUGGCUGUGAUUACGCUGGAGCGUAAUUAUGCCAUCACGCAUGCCAUUCAUCUAAAUAAGCGAUUGACUUUGCGCCAGGCAGGCUAUAUAAUGGGAGUGGGCUGGAUGUUUGCCCUGCUCAUGGCUCUGUUGCCACUAAUGGGUGUAUCGGACUAUCGUAAGUUCGCUGUGUGCCUGCCCUUCGAGACGACGACGGGUGUGGCGAGCCUCACCUAUGUCAUAGCCCUGAUGAUCAUCAAUGGCUGUGCUUUCCUAACGCUCAUGGGCUGCUACUUGAAGAUGUACUGGGCCAUAAGAGGAUCGCAGGCCUGGAACACGAACGACUCGCGCAUUGCCAAGCGCAUGGCGCUGCUUGUCUUCACGGACUUUCUCUGCUGGUCCCCCAUCGCCUUCUUCUCCAUUACCGCCAUAUUUGGACUGCAGCUAAUAUCACUGGAGCAGGCGAAGAUCUUUACGGUAUUCGUGCUGCCCUUGAACUCCUGCUGCAAUCCCUUCCUUUACGCCAUCAUGACCAAGCAAUUCAAGAAGGAUUGUGUUACAUUGUGCAAGCAUUUCGAGGAGACGCGUGUCACGCGAGGAGGAGCUGCGGCCGCGGCAGCAGCGGCGGCAAGACGAGGAGCACGUGCCGAAGGCAGAGCCAAGGACCUGCCGCCUCUAUUACCGGCCGCCCAUCCACCCGGCUGCCGUUGCCUGCGCAUGAUGCCCAGCGAAAUGCCCAAUUGGCAUAAAAUGGAUGCCGCCCAGAAACUGACACUCUGGCAACGGCUGAGCGCCUGCUGUUGUUGUUGCAAUAGACGCAACAGCGCGAGAAAGCAGCGACGUAGCCAGGAGCCACGUAGGGCCCGAGCCUAUACGGCCGCCACAGCCAAUCCCUAUCAAUAUCAAUUCGCCGAGCUCAAGCAGAAGCGACAGACACGCGCCAGUUCCAUUUCCAGUGAAAAUUUCUGCUCGUCACGCUCCUCGAGCUGGCGCAAUGGCCCGCCUAUGACGACGACGCCGGGUGCGGGUGGCCAUGUGGCCAGCAUUCAUCAUACAUGCAAUAUACCAAUGAAACUGAUGGACCCGCAUAAUCGAAGGCGGCACUCGGCGUGGCUGAUUACACGCAAAACAUCGCAGGACUCCAACUUGUCCAGUUCACGAAACGAUUCGUCGGCCUCGGCUACGACUGCGAGCACCUCAACAUUUCGACUGUCUAGGUCCAGUGCUGGCAGUACUACACCUUUGCCCUCCAUCAUCGCUCACAAUUCCAAGGCCCAACAACAAUUGGCUCAGCAGCACAGUAACAGCACCGGUCUGCCUAAGCCGCGUCUGGUGCGCCAGGAAGCUGUACAGGAAGAGGAGGACUCCUCUCCGCCACGUCUAGGUGUGCGUUUUCUGCCCACCAUCCCAUCUGCUGCAGACAGUUCGGUCAUUAUGGACGAUGGAGACUCAGGUCUCACUGCCAGCGCCUGCCUGGGCAUGCCCUUACCUGGUGCCGCCAGCGGCUUCUUUGCGACACAGACGCAGACGCUGAAACCUUCACCCCCAGCACAGUUACAGCCGGCCAAGCCGCCGCCAGCACCCAACGACGAUCCGCCAUGA